CGUGCCGCACUCGAACGAAAAUUAAAAUUCAGCGACGAAAUCGAAGAACAGCGAGAGAUCUUGAAUAAACUCAAACUUCAACAAGAAUUAAGCGAAACCUUAGCAGAAGAAGCCGUUUACGAGGAGGCGCUGAAAUUUGAAGAACUUCCGCUCGAACACCACAAAAUAGAAUUGCCAAAUGAAACGCCCGAACAGAAGUUUGAUCGGUUAAUGAACCACAAAGACGUCGAUCCAGCUCAUCUUACGGCAUCAAACCUAUUACCGCCGAUUAUAAACACUUCCGGUGCUGACACACAAGAUCCAACUUUCCCAGCCAUAUACUCCCCCACUGGCAUAAUUCAUCCGGUAAAUCGUCAAUCGAGCGCAAACCAACAACCAGAAGCUAACAUAGCCGACCUUCAUCAAACAACAGCCUCAGGAAAUCAAUCCAUUCUCGAUUUGGGUACAGGACACCAGGCUAACCUAUACCCUGAAAUAAACAAUCCAGUAAACCCUCAUGAUCACGAAAAUUAUCCGUCGACUUCACAGCCUCCCGCUGCUUUCGAUAAUGUGGGCACUCCAAGUACUUGUCACGCCUCCACACAAAACAUCACGAGUCAGACUAUUACGUCAACAUCACUCGCGGGCACAAGCACUCCACUCCAAACAUAUCCCUUCAGAAACGUGAACACAAGCGUCACCUAUCAACAUCCAGCGUACACUAUCAGUAGUUUGAAACCCGCGUACCCGAGAACCUAUCAAUUAAGCAGAGACGCAACGAUCUUCACUCCUAACAGUUCUCCAGCCACCCACUACCGUGAGAUAACUCCAAGUCCUUGUACCCGCAACUUGAACCCUGUUCAUUCGAGUACAGAUAACGCCACUCAAAUCGCCGAGGCCCUGGCGAAAGUCACGCGAUUACAAAGACCUCCACAAGCCAAGCCAGACAUCUUCACAGGCGACGAAACCGACACCAGAUUCUUUAUCUGGGAAACGGCUUUCGAUGCUCUGAUUGAUUCCGCACCAAUCAGCUCCCAGCAGAAACUGUACCUUCUGUACCAACACCUGGGUGGAAAGGCUAAGAAAGUCGUUGAGCAGUUGCAGUAUAUGGUCGCUGCUAGUCCAGAAGUUGCCUACAAUGAGGCAAGAAAGAAACUCAAAUCGCGCUUCGGUCGUCCCGCGAUCAUAGCCGCCGAUUUCGAAAACAAGCAAGCUAACUGGCCAAAAAUCGCAAUCAACGACGCUCAAGCCCUAAGAGAAUACAGUGACUUCUUACAGCAAGUCGAAAUUGCAAAGACGCACCUGCACAGCCUUAAGAUCUUUGAAUUUCCCUCCAAGCUGCAAACCCUAGUCGAGAAACUCCCGAACUGGUUUUCCACUAAAUGGUCUACGAAGGUCCAAACGCUGCAGCAAGAAAAGGGCAGCGAUGCGUUCCCAACUUUCGUCGAAUUCGUGGCAGAGGUAGCCUUCCACGCGGAACGCAUGAACACAGCUCAGAUUAACCAGAACUCGACAAAGGUCCCUCCUCAAACUACACGUAGUAAACUUCCACCACCCAAGCCGCCACUUGGUAAGAAAACUCCUUUCUCCACAACAAUGGCUUCAAAAACACAUGGCGAAAGCGAGCCUUCACACUCGGAACUAACAAAACCAGAGUUCUCAGACCAGAAAUUAAAACGCCCAAGUCUCCCGACAUCAAAUAAACUGUGUCUCUUUCACGGAACGAAAACCCACAAUCUGAACGAAUGCAACAAGUUCCGAGAACUAACCUUCGCUGAAAGGAAGGACUUUUUUAAGAAAAACAAACUCUGUUUCAAAUGCAUGAGCGCCAACAAGCACAGCGCCGAAAAUUGCAACCAAGCUCCCCCAGUCUGCAACACCUGCCACAAGAGACACUCGACAGCUCUUCAUGUCGAGCAAACACCGAAAACAAGCGCAAACCAAGCGUCCCAAACCAUUAGUACCUCUACAGCUUGCACGCAAGUCUGCGGGGAGAAGGAAACCGGUAGGUCGUGUGCCAGAAUCGUCCUGGUCAACGCAUCGCAUCGGUCAAAUCCUGCUAAGAAAAUAACCACCUAUGCAGUGUUGGACGACCAGUCCACAGACGUAUUCAUUUCCGACGCCCUACUUAACAACCUGGAGAGGUCGACCUACAGGUCAACACGAUCGUUGGAUCAAACACCAUACGAACAAGAAAAAUAA